AUGACGACAUUAGACGCUUACUUGACUAAGUGGUGCAAGGUCUGAGCGAGAAGAAUGGAUUUGGAGUCAGUGAAGAGAUUCCUGGAGGGGGAAGAAGGGAAGGAAAAUGAAUCUCCGGUGGUCGAUUCCAUGCCCUCCAAAUUUCUGGAGCCCUUAAUCUGCCAUGGAUUGAAGAUCGAGCUUGUGGAGCCCGAUCGCAUCCUCUGCUCCUUCAAAGUCCCUCAACGUCUAGUGAAUUCCGACAAUAUAUUGAACGGCGGAGUUACGGCGGCGCUGGUGGACGUUGUAGGUGCGGCGGCUGUGUUCGUCGGUGGUUCUCCGGUGACUGGGGUCUCCGUCGAGAUCAAUGUUUCCUAUGUUGAUGUUGCUUAUACUGGUGACGAAGUUGAGAUAGAGGCAAAGGUGUUACGCAUAAGGGGUGCGAUUUCUGUUGUAAGUGUCGAGUUAAGGAACAAAAAGACAGGAAAGGUGAUCGCGCAAGGACGCCAUUCAAAAUACUUGGGUAGAAGAAGCAAGCUGUGAAACUGGGCAUCUGUGGAGUUUGUACAAACCAUCUUCUUUAUAGACCUUACUGGAGGACCAGUGCCCAUUUUGCUGAGAGGAUCAAAUGCAUGAUGUAAUUGCUGUUUAAUUACCCAUUGCAAGCUGUGUUAAUACAUACAGUGGUUGCACAGUAGUGGCCCUCUGAUCUAUUCACUCAAGUUGGACAUAAUUUGAUGUAAUAUCUCUGCAUGAUUUGCUGCUAUUGUAGUUUAGAAUGAUACUAUUUUGGUUUAUUAGUCAAAGUUUUUAACUCUUGUAUUAUGUAAAACUUAUACUUGAAUCCUAUCAUUAAAUUAAAUUUGGUAAUUAAUUUCAUAUCAAAAUUUGGAUU